AUGAUUCACAGGGCAAAACCUAGUCUCUCCCAGCGACUGUGUCAAUACGUGGUCAUUAGUGGAGAGGCAUGGGUUUGUGGGUGUGGCUGUGGUGGUCUUGUGGCUAUGAGGGUUCUAUCGUGGUGGGUGACCGUCGGCUGGGUGAUGGUCGACGAGAGAGAGGAUUGGGUGGUUAUGAAAAGGGUUGUUGGCAGCUAUGGAGGAGAUGCUUUUUGGUUCGGGGUUAUUGGAAAUCGAGCAGGUGAAGGUGGAGAGGACGACGUGGAGAUUGGCGGAGUGGGUGGUGGUUUUGGGAGAGGAGGAUGGCUUGGUAUGGUUUCAAUGAUAGUAGAAAAGGAAUGGUGUGGCAGUGCGGUUGAAGACAGAGAGGUGAGCAAUGAGGCACCAACUAAUGGUGGUGAGAGGGAUGACUGUUAA